AGAAACGCAAGAAGUAACACAAAAGCAAAAGAAGAAAAAUGAAAGCCAGAACAGUGAUCUUCUUCCUUUUAACCUCUCUUCCUUUCUUUUUUGAGUCUUCUAUUGAAACUAAUGAAGCUGGCCCUACUGAAUUCAGAUAUGAUGAACCAAGUGGUAGAGGACCAUCAAGGUGGGGAGAGCUGAAUCCUCUUUGGAGAAUUUGUGGUACAGGAAACUUCCAGUCCCCAAUUAAUCUUCAAUUUCCCAUACUGUCACCUACUGUGGGAGAUCUACAAAUAGCUUAUCGACCAGCUCCUGCGACUAUCAGGAAUACAGGCCCUGACAUCACGGUGUCAUGGACCGGUAAUCCAGGUACAAUUCGGGUUGCUGGAAUCAAUUACCCGCUCAGACAUGGCCAUUGGCAUACACCCACAGAGCAUUUAAUCAAUGGUACCAGGUUCGACUUGGAAUUUCACUUGUUUCAUCACAUAGGCACUCAUGGAAUACCAGUUAUUAUUGGAAUACUUUACAGAAUCGGGGAAGCAGAUCCCUUCCUUACAAGGUUGUUGCCAAACAUAACAUCAGUUACGAAAGAAGAGAGGAGUUUGGGGAUUAUCGAUCCAAAUGAUAUCGGAUUCAAUUCAAGCAGAAGAUAUUAUAGAUAUUAUGGAUCUCUUACAUCUCCUCCAUGCAGAGAGGGCGUCAAAUGGAUCGUAUUUCAGGAGGUUAGGACUGCUUCACAGGAGCAAGUGCAAGCAUUAAUGAAUGCUGUUGAUGAUGGAUUUGAGAUGAAUGCAAGGCCAGUUCAAGCAUUGAAUGGAAGAAGAAUUGAUUUAUAUAAUCGGAACUAGGAAAAUAUAAUUAGUAUUAUAUCAUAUGGUAUUUAUAGUAAAAAAGAAUAACAUGGUCAUGUUGACUAUAUAUAAAUAUUCCAUCAAUAAUCGAAUUUUAGGUUCCCUGAUAGACCUAAUUUUCACUUCAAUAAUUCACUAGUAAAACACCCUUUGUAUUAAA